GGACUUGGGUGGUGAGCGCCGCAGUAACUGAGGGGAGCUGCCCGAAGCCUCUGAUCAUGUCUUUUAUUCCCCUAUGUCUCCGGAUCUGAACCUCGGUGACCCCUGGUGACUCCUCACGACCACAGCACGCACUUCUGGGGCCCAGUAGCCAACUGGGGUCUCCCCAUUGCGGCCAUCAAUGACAUGAAGAAGUCUCCAGACAUCAUCAGCGGGCGCAUGACGUUUGCGCUCUGUUGUUAUUCUCUGACGUUCAUGAGAUUUGCCUACAAGGUCCAGCCUCGAAACUGGCUUCUGUUUGCGUGCCACGCCACAAAUGAGGUCGCCCAGCUCAUUCAGGGAGGACGGCUCAUCAAAUACCAGAUGGGUCAGCAGACCCCUAAAUAGCGAUGGAGCCGCUCUAGCCAGACAGCACCAGCCGCCGCUGCUCACCCCAGGCCCCCUCAACGCCAACGGCCCUGUGAAGGAGGGAACACCCAGCGCUCGCCCUCUCCACGCCAUGCCACGUGUGUAGAGAUGGCGGGGACUCCCGUGCUCCCCCCUGCCCCCCCCCCCCCCCGCCGCCUUCCAGGGCGGAAUGGGCUAUUCCGAGGAGCUGAUUUAAUCAUGUCUGAUGAGGAUGUCACGAGCAUUGCAUGUGCACCUCUCUUGGGAUCUGCUUAAUAGGGAUCAACA